ACUCGGGUAACUUCCAUAACCAUAAUACCCCGAUGUAAACACCCAAAUCACAUUUCAUCAUGUCAAAUCCGUUGUCUGUCAUGCAUCCAUAAGACUGUCACUGCUUGCCCGUACAAUAAAUAAAAUUCAUAGCGGUACGACGCUAAAAUGAACAAAAUCAAGACAUACAGAUCUUGAAAUGCAGUGAUAGUCAAACAAAAAUUCCUUAUUAUUUUCACUUUACAUAAAAUUGACAAAUCCUCAUUUGGGACGUUAUCAUUUGGCAAACGGUACGGGCACAUCACAACCCCAGAAUUCUCAUUGAGUUGGGGCCGACUCCGAAUCGACAUAAGUUGAAGAGUCUUUUUAUUUUGAAAUGGCAGACGUAGACGACUUGGUAAAAGGCAUGACGGACCUCACAGUCCUGUCUUUUAGGAAAGUUGAUGAGGUGAAACGGCUGGCCAAACACUUCCAGAAGAUAGUCGACCAUCCCCUCACUGUAUGCAAGCCGACAGUGCACAAAUAUUUACUCAACUUAAACGAUACGCACAAGAAAAUAUUCCUCCAAAAACGGGAAUGCGUCGAAGUUGAAUACAUUUUUACAACUGAGAAGAAGAGUAAUCUGCAGCGUCAGAGAUUCAACAGCUUGCCGGUGAGCGAAGUACCAGAAUUGCUCAAAACUGAGUUACUCGCGUGCGAGAAUGCUAAACAAGUGCACAUUUGCACCGACUGUAAUGUUGAAAUUGAGUUGAACGACGAAGAACCACUAAUGGAAUCGUUGCAAAAGCAUUUCAAUUUGGAAAUCCAUUUGCCUAAGUUGAAACGCGAGAGUAUUGACGUUGCCGAACCUGUUAUCCUACCUAAGAUGUCUCGAAGACUGUCAGCAUUGGAAUGUGGAGAAACACCAGCACAAAUCAUUGAGCAGAUCGUGCUUAAACCAGUGGAGAAGUUGGAUAGAAAUUUCGUUUCGAAACUCAGUGGUGCAUUAAUGAAAGUGCUUCCAGAUAAUUCAGAAGCUAGUGUUGGCGCUGCAGUGAAGUUAUAUCAAGAAGCUUACGAUAAACUAUGUCAGGAGAUCUCGAAUAUUGACUUCUCGACUCAGGCGAGCUCCGUAGCGCCAAUAAUAAUGUCUAUUAGAGACAAUGUUUACCAAAACUUUGCUGCUGAUGCAAAUAAGAACGCAGAGAAUGAUGAAAACGAUCAAACAGCUGAAAAACCGAAGAAUCAAGCGAAAAAAUAUCGGUACUACGGACCUAUUGAGUCGCUGAUAGUCAAGUUGUUGGUGAAUCAUAAGUUAUUGUCGUUGGUCGACGAUCGUACUGGGAAGUUGGCUUUUUUCUGCAUCGCCUGUGAAUAUUAUACCCUCAGAUUCCACUACGACAGUGUCUUGAACCAUGUCUUCAGCGAUACGCAUAUCCACAACCUAUCUUGUAUCUUGCAGUCAGAUAAACACAUCCCGUUCUCGAAAACUGAGGCGAGCAUCGAAAAAAUCAAGGAGAUGAAUGAGAAGUUUCUUAUAAGUCAAGAUAUAGUGACCAAGCAGCCAGGCAUGACCUGUAGGCUAUGUAACAUUAAUAUAGAAAGCACUGAUGCCAUGAUCCUACAUAUACUGGAUGAUAGGCAUCUCGGUAAACUCUCUGAUGAUUUGUACAUGCGCAUGAAGGCUUCCAGUCAAGAUGGCCAGAUACCCGAAGACUGGGGACCUAAGGACUUAAACUGGACUAAAUACCUAGCCAGUGUCGGUAAGCCUGUGUAUGCACGCGACCAUGUGAUAAUUGAGAACUUCAUUAAACCUUCUGGAAAGAUCGGGAACUUCUGCACGUGCUGCGAGAUGACUCUUAAGGGCCCUAGGCAAGUGCUUUUCAAUCAUAUACGCCAGAAAAAGCAUCUCAGAAAUGCAGCGCCUCGUAAACUUGCGAUGCUGUUCAAAAACCAUUGCAGACCGUCUGAAUACUUUGCUUCCUUCGGCAAUUACUAUGUUUGCGCUAUAUGCCCUGAGUACGUCGCUCUGCCGUCCUUCUCGGCGAUAGUAGAGCAUUUUGAGAGCUCGGAACACAUCACUACAGUUUGCAAAUUAAUCCGCUCGGCAUUAUACGACGUGGAUGAUGAACUUCUCAAGGCCAACAACAUCAUAGACCAACUUAAAUGUGGAUUCUGUGACAUCACAUUCCAAGACAUGACAGAGUGUGUAAAACACAUACUAUCUUCAGUAGAGCACCAGAACGCCGUAGCCGAUGCGAAAGUACAAGAGAACAAGGGUGACAUAAUCAGCGUGUACAUGAAAGGGAACUAUAUAUUGCACAGCGAAGGUGCAACUUUCACUUGCAUCGGAUGCGGAGAGGUUUUUAACUCUAUAAGAUCUCUCCUAAUGCAUUUAGUGUACGCCGUGCAUUAUCAAAUGAAACCGGCUGUUGAGAGCGUGUUCCGCUUCUAUUUGGAGUUGAAACACAACAUAAACAUGUUGGGAAGGAACAAAUACGUUUACUAUCAGUUCGGGAAGUUGAAGUGUGGUGUUUGCGAGCAGGAUGUGGAGGCUGGCGAGAACGCGAAGAGGCACGUGCUGUCUCCGAAGCACAGGGAGAAUAUGGGGGCCAGUUAUGUUAAUGUUAGUUUGGAUGCGACUGGUAAUGAGUGAGGUGAUAUGUGUGCGCGCGGGGUCCCUCGCGCCGUGUCAUUCCGUAAUCAUGUGCGUGCGAUCUGACGAUACUUUUACAAUGGAAAUUUAAUAAAUGAAAUAAUUUUAUAAACUGCAA